GAGAUGAACUUGGAUCGCUUGCCUGAAGACUGCUUCGGGCACAGUUUAUCGUUCACAUCUCCGGGAGAUGCAUGUCGUUUCUCGUAGUUUAAUCGUCGUUUCGUUCCAUGGCGGAUAUGGAUAGUGUGUAGCAGAAAGUUUUGCCAUCAGACCACAAAGAGAUUCUAUCCAGAUUAGUGCGUCCCAUAGCUUAUUCAUCUAGUAAAGAUUAUUUUAUGAAGUUAUGCAGUCCAAGCCUAAUAGAUGAUGGUGAUAAGCUUUUGGCAACAAGUUAAUUAGGAGAUGAUGCAUGGAAGAUACACCAAAAGGUUGCUUUUGCGUUGACAGGUGGGGGAUCAAAUAUGAAUUUAAUUUGUUUAGUCAUUAAAAUUCAUAGUCCUACCGCAUGUGGAUGCACUAGCGUCAUUAAGAGCGAAACUCAUUAAAUUGAGAAUGUCAUUGUGACAGUAUCUUAUGUGUAGGUAUAUGUCGCUCUUGGCUUAGGGGUUUUCUAUUACAUAUGUAUAAUAAUUGUUUGAUUUUGAUUGAAGUCAAGUAAUUACUUUCUGAAUGAUGAACAGCACAAAUGUUCUUCAUAGAGAAAUCAACAGGUAAAAAAUGCUACAUUUUAAGUGCAAGGGACCUUCCCAUUUGUGUGACUUUACUUCUUGCGCUUUCAUUCUGUGUCCAAAGUUAUUCAUUUUCGUCAAAUUUUCAUCGAAACGCAUGGCACAACAAAUACUCAAACGCUAUCACCGAAAAUGCCUGUGGGGCCUAUCUUAUUAUAAAGUUAUCCAAUUGUGCAUAUGGGUUAGACACUUUGCCUUUUGAGGUUUCACUUGAAGUUGGUAAUUUCAAAUCACAAGGUACGAUUUACUUGAGCAAACACGAUGAUCAAAGUAGGAAGCAAGCCUCAUCAGAACAUGAACAUUUUCCGAAGGCGGUAAGAGCUUCGAGAUCAAGGAUUGUAGACGGAGGAGAUCGCGGCGGAGGUCUCUGUGAGCGGGAAGAUGGGUGUGAUGAAAAGGAUGCAACGAUGAGCCUAAGAGAAGUGAAGGCUGUGCACCUUAAAGUUGCUCUAUUUAAGAUUUUAUUCAUUUCUGAAAGCAAUUUUUAAGUCCGAAGUUCCAAACUAUACAAUAUAAUAAGCAGACCUAGCAAACAACUGGUAUUUGUGGUGCUUGUAUUUUUCG